CGAGGGAAUCGAUCGUGAGGAUUCAGGCGUACCUGUCAAAUAAACAUGGCUUUGAGACGAGCACUGCAUUUCGUUUUCAAAGUUGGUGACCGGGCCAAAACAUCCACUUUUUACCGAGAUGUUCUGGGCAUGACGGUUUUACGACAUGAAGAGUUUGAGGAAGGCUGCAAAGCUUCUUGCAAUGGUCCUUACGACGGGAAAUGGAGCAAAACUAUGGUUGGCUUUGGCCCAGAGGAUGACCACUUCGUUGCUGAACUGACAUACAAUUAUGGGGUCGGAGAGUAUCAGCUUGGGAAUGACAUCUUGGGUAUCACCCUGCAGUCCAGCCGAGCUGUGAGCAAUGCCAAACGCCUCGGUUGGCCUCUCACGGAGGUGGAUGAGGCUCUGUAUCUGACUCAGGCUCCAGGAGGAUAUCCCUUCUACCUUGUGGAUAAAGAGCAGCCUCCUCAUGAUCCUGUGCAGAAAGUUUGCCUCGGUGUGUCAGACCUGCAGAGAUCAGUUCACUACUGGACUACACUCUUGGGUAUGGCGGUAAUGGGCAAAAAUGAGGACAAGAAGACAGUGCUGUUGGGAUUCACAGACUCUCAAUGUAAACUAGAACUUCGGGAUGUCGGUGGGACAGUUGACCAUGGAACAGCAUUUGGGAGAAUAGCAUUUUCAUGCCCACGAGAGCAAUUGCCAGAUCUUGAAGCCUUGUUGAAAAAGGAAAACCAGAAAAUUCUCACUCCGCUAGUUAGUCUGGACACUCCUGGAAAAGCCACGGUGGAAGUGGUUAUUUUAGCUGACCCGGAUGGCCAUGAGAUUUGUUUUGUGGGAGAUGAGGCGUUCAGGCAACUAUCUGCUGUGGACCCUAAAGGAAAAGAGUUGCUUGAUAAAGCAAUGGCUGAGGAUAAAAGUGAUGAGUGGUUUGCAAAACACAAGAAACAGAAGGCCGCUGCUUGAGAUGGAGAGGAUUGGCUGUAAAACUGUCCACCUGUACGUGUCAACAGCUGAUGUGAUAAUGAGUUGCUAAACAAGACACUAACAGCAUGAAUCCCGUAAUUUCAAUUAGGUUCUGCUUAGACUGGCUGUGGGAGCGAUUUCCCUGAAAAGGCUUGCCAGAAGGCGCUGGAAUGGACCAAUUCAUCAAUGAUUGAUGUUUUUUCCAGUAAAUGAUACAUAGAUGUUGCAAUUUUUUUUUUUUUUAUGAAACUUAUUCUUUUAAAUUAAAAGCAUUGGCAAGACCAUGACAUGAAUUUUGUUGUUGUAAAUCUUUCAGCUCCUCUAUCCAUUGUGACAUAUUCAAUCAUAAUUAAGAGUAAUUCAGCAGUAGAUUGAUUUAUAGAGAAAUGUUUGUAAAACUCUUGGCAGUCAUUAGAUUAGAUUAGAUUAGAUUCAACUUUAUUGUCAUUGCACAGAGUACACGUACUGAGACAACGAAAUGCAGUUGGUAUCUAACCAGAAGUGCAAAGAAGCAGAAAAGAGAGGAAUGUACAGUCGUAUAAAAUAAUGAGAUACAGUGUGAGCAAAGUGAGCAGCAGUUUUGUAAACUGUGACAAACUAUGAAAGGAUAUAUACAGUAUGAAAGAUAUGUACAAUACAGUAAAGUAGUAGUGUUGGGGUGGUGGUAGUCUAGUGGCUACAGAGGUGGGCUUGUGACUGGAGGAGCCAGGUUCAAGCGCCAGAAUGGCAAACAAUGAACCAGAUGAACCACCUUCGGCCCCUGAGAAAGAUCCUUAACCUUAAUUGCUCAAUAAAAUGGUCUGUCCCAGUUGCCUGAUUGUCUCAGAUGUA